AUGGGAUUGAAGCCGCCAAACGACGAAAUCCCUUCGUUGCUGUCCAUCAUGGAUGAUCAUGAUGACGUUUCUCGCCGUUACGACGACUUGGUCCUCAAAGACAACAAUGCUCCAACUUCUUCCUGUGACGACGCGGCCGAGGUUGAGGCCGCCGCAGCCAUGUCAGAAAAGUCUUUGCCGCCGCAAUCGCCGCUGCUUUCCCACGCGCUGGAUUACAUAAAGCCGUUGCACGUACAAGUCAAUGGUUUUCCGGGGGUGAGGGCUUAUGAAAAAAAAAUGCCAUAAAGAUGGGUUUUUCAGUCUUUCGAGUCUUUAUCGGCGGCACGGUCGUCUUCACGAGACUCAACCUUUUCAUCCUACUCUUCUUCGCCAGCAACGACUGUUAACCGAACAACGAACAAGUUUUCUUCGUCGUCACCGUCGGUUCGCUUGCCUACCGGUCCCGAGUCGUCUCCGUUUCGUAAGUUAUAUGUUGUAGAAUUGCCAAGAUUGGCAAAAAUAUCCCUCUGGCAGUAAUAUCUUGGUAAAAAUUUUACUUUAAUCACUGUUUCUAGUUUUUGUGUCUUAUCCCUUUUUUCGUAAACGUUUGCGGAAGCGCAAGUUUUUUUUCUUCACUUUACCUACAGCUUUGGAAAUUUUUUUUCAAUUCCGCUGUUAUCCCUACGUUCUUUCCGAAAGAACCAACAAAAACCAAUAGAUUUUUUACUUCUCCGACCAUUCCAGCAUCUUAUGACUUUCGAUAAGAUUGAAAAUUUUUUUGUUUUCUUUUCACUGUCAAACCCAGCAACCAACCACGUCUUCCAAGUUCUGAUCAAUGAAAAAAGCAAGCUUUCAGGAGAAGAACAGUUGGAUCAUCACUCUUUGCUUAAUCCAUUCGCCAACAAAAGUGAAACAUGUUUAGCAAGGCCCAUGUCCAUCGCAGGACCCAGUGGCGCUUCUCUCUCGCGUGACGUCAUGGGUCCUCCUAGCUCUUCAACGUCCAUUCACAGCAUGCUGAGCCCGGCAGCCGCGACGAUGACCUCAGUCAACAAUGGCUUGAGGUACCAAAGUUCGAAAAUAAAACGAAACCCAACAAGGUAAAAAAAAAACUCGAAUUCUAAACUGAAACUCUUUUUUAAAAAUAAAAUACGCCUUAGAGCUCUCUCAAGAAACCACCCACCUUUCCUAUUUCCUUUCAAAUGUUACAUUUCUUCAGCAUGAAGCAAUGCGAACCCGGGGCGUCUCCGUCUGGUACGGCGGCGACGACAAUUUGCCGGCCGCGCAUCUUGUCGCACUCUUUGAAACAACGCCAAGAGGAUUCAUCGUCGCCACAAGCGAUUCUCGCUUUGCCACCACACCGACUACACAGUGUACAACAGCAGUCCAAUAACAUGGUCAACACCGCGGCUCAACAACGCAAAGAGGCGGAUAACGCCAAGCGCAAGCAGUUCAACGAGCGCAUUCAUCGGCUCAAAGAGACGAAAGAGCUUCACUUUUUCAUUCAGCAGGUUUCAUUCACGCAAAUUUCAAUUUUCAGGUUUCCCCAAAUUUUCAGUAGAGAAAUAAAAAUUUUUGGCAAUAAUUUCACUUAUGAAGCAAAAAAAAAAUUCUUUCGAGGGCAAAACAGUAUCUCAUGCUCUUUUAUUUUUGCAGAUGUUUUCAUUGUUCAAAUUUCCAGAUGGAUGGGCAGUCGGACACGCAGACGGCCAUGUUGUUGCGCCGGUUCAACAAGUCGAGCUACUCGCGCGAUCUGCCGUCGACCAUCCGCCACAACGUCUUCGACGAAGAGCUCAAAGACACUUCGCAGGCUCUUCUCAAGUCUUUGCGCGAAGGCGUCAUCGCCAGAAAGUAUGCGCAGCAUGUGGAAGAUGUCACCGACGAGAGCGACGUCGAGACAAUCGACGAGUUUCCAGCCAUCGCCUCCAUCUCUUGCUCGGCAAAAAAGUGGGCAUUUUCAUGUUGCGUCGAGUUUCUCGUGUGUUUCUCGCAGGGUGAACGCUGGUCGUCUCCAGUGGAUGGAGGACAAGAUUCGCUUCGGUUUGCAAGACGCUCGCUGUACUCAUUUCCUCGAAGAAAAAUCGAAAGAGUUGAAACUUGUUGAAAACGAGGUGAGGUUGCCUUUUUUCGAAUUGACAAAGUGGCCUUUUCAGUUGAGCUACGCAAGGCAAACGCUCGGCGUGAGGUUUCAAGGCGAUCCGCCAUUUCUUCCUCGCAAAAAACGGCGAAGGUACCGGCGGACCGAGAUGGAAUACGCGCCAGGCGUGCGCGAGUUUUGUAACAGAAUGGAGGAAGACGCUGGUUGCGCUCGCGCAAGACCUCUGAUUUCCUACACGAGGGGAAAGCUGAUUCGCAAUCUUCAUCGGUUGGUUCUUUUUUCAAACCAUGUUUUCGGGCAAAACUCCAUCUUCAUUUUAUCAUCGGCGGGGUGUUAUAUCUUACACCAGUGGCGAUUUUCAAACAACUUUACCAACAUGUUUGAUUCUCAGCAUGAAAGUAUAAUCAUUCGAUCCGUCUCGUCGAGAUACGUACGAAUAUCAUAAACUAAUUGGGCGCUGACCACUUAGAAAAAUUUAAGAUGAAUUUUGUUAGUUUUCAAUUUAGUAGUUAUUUUCAAGAAUAGAAAUCUUUCGUUCUUCUUUUCAUGCACAAUAAUUAAUACAUCACUUUGAAAAAAUAGGCUCACUAGGGAACUACCCGGACUCGGGUACGGGUUUCGAGUUGAAACUUUAGGGGUUUAUAGACCCAAGUCAGAAUACUUGAGAACAAGAGAGGAUAUCUGCUAAACCCGAUAGAGAACUGAGAAAAAAUUAGUAGAAAAUGUGAAAAUUAGGCCUGAAAAUUUUCAGAAUACUGCUUUCUACUCCAUUUUAUAUUUUAAUACAAUCGCCUUGGAUUAUCCGGCUAUGAUACACUCUAAAAAACGUUUUUUCUAGCCAAAAGAAGGAGGAAAGCAGCAAUUUGAUAAUUUUGAAGCCUAAACUGUUCAUUUUAAACAAGCUUUUUCUCAGAAGCUUAUGGGGUUUAGCAGAUAAUCUCUCUUGUUUCCAAGUACUCUUACCCGGGUCUAUAAGCCACCAAAGAUCCAACUCGAAACGCGUACCCGAGUCCGAGUAGUUCCCUAGUCAGUAAAGGCUUCGCACGGGGGCAGAGCGCGCAUAGCGCGAAGCCGACUCUGGCUUGCUUCGAAAAAACUGAGCCACAGCGAAAAAUUCGUUAAAUGAAUGAACAAUUUGACAUAAAAGUUAUGUAGGUUCAAAACGUGGAAUACUAAAAAAAAACUAUCAGGUAGCUCUAAACGAAUUGAUACGCGUAGCGGAAAAAUCUGUAAAAUAUGUUUUCCGAAAAAAAAAAAUUUAAGAAGCUUACCAUGGGUAUGCGUGGGCUUCGAAGCUGUCGGUUAUUUUUACUGUGAUUUCUCUUUUUUUUGCGUAGGUUUUCUAUUAAAAAAAUUUUUUUCUCAUUGCGUAGCAGCGAUAGUUGAAUUGAGUCAGCGUCGAAACAUGCAGCGAAGUUAUUAUUACAUUUUUGAACGCUUCGGAUUUUUUUUUCUGUUUUUUGCACAACAUAAAGUUAUCUCUUCUCACUAGCCCCCUAAUAAGAUGGUAGAAAGGAAUUUUGGGUUCCCGAAUAUUUGUGAGCGUUAAUUGUGCAUACACCAAUCUUGGAGGCUCGAAUCUUUGAAAAUUUGAAUCUUUGCAAACGAUUCUUGAGAAUAUUUACCUCUUUUCUGAUUUUUUAUAAUUUUUACAAUGUUUUUGUUAACAGAAGUUGAUGGCGAAUAUAUACAGAGUGAAUGAAAAUGUGGUAGCCGUUCUGCAGCGAAUAUUUGACUACGUGUAUGCGAGAAAGACGCAUUAUUUGAUAAAAUGUUAGUUGAAAAAAAUCAUACAGUGUUCAUUUGUGGUCGAAACACGGCAUCUUCACAAUAAAACGACAAAGGAAAAAAAUGUAGGAAAAAAAGAAGGAAUUUCAAAAAAGAGAGGAAUAUUCCCAAGAAUCGUUUGCAAAGAUUCAAAUUUUCAAAGAUUCGAGUCUCCAAGAUUGGUGUAUGCACAAUUAACGCUCACAAAUAUUCGGGAACCCAAAAUUCCUUCCUACCAUCCCUAAUAAAUUUAUAAUAUCUGUACAUAACUCAUCGAGACGGAUCGAAUGGUUAUACUUUUAUGCUGUAAUCCAAACAUGUUGGUAACGUCGGAUUAUUCCAGUUAUUACAUCACUAUCUUUAUUUCUUUGAAGGUAGAAAAAGAAAUAGGUACGCUUAUGCUUAUCAUUAAUUUUUUACAUUCUAGUAACGAGGAUCCUUCGUUGGCCGGAAUGGCAAGUGCCGAUCCAACUGGAGCGUCCGCCGUAUCCCUGCUCACGACGGUCGUGACAGUAAGCGCUAGCGGCGAGCGUCACUUGGAGCAUGAAGAAAUGUUUGACGACGAGUGGGAUCCAACCAAACCGUACGCCUGCCUUAGCCCCGACGUCGACUGCGAUGUCUUGAGGCGCGUCGCUCCUCCCGAUUGUCAGUGUGAAACUGCCCUUGUUUUUCGACAAAACAACUGUUCAGUCAAGCCGUUCGAAUCGAGAAUGCUGUCCUACUUUCAUCGCCUCUCCAUGGUGCCGGCAAUGACGUUGAGAAGGACGGCGGAGAGGUCGACAAUGAGUGCCACGGGCGAUGACGAAAAGACGAGGAACGGCGUCAAAAGAGUCGUUCACAAGUAUGCAUUUCUCUUUCUAAAACUUUCAUUGUUGUUGAUUGUGAAUGUAUGUGGGGAAAAAAAUCUUGGGUGAAUAUAAAAAUUGCAACUAUAGUUAGGGACCGCCAAGGUCCGCCCACUUGCGGGGUCCUUUUUUUUGCUCAGUACUUCGCUUUUUUGCUAUUCCAAUUGCGCGCGCAUAGUAAUCUUUAUUGGGUGAAAUAUGGUUGGCCAACACCUUAUUUUACACGUAGAUUCUGAAUUUCAUAUUGACAACGCGGAGAAAAUUCAUUGAAGCAAAAUAUUUUCUGAAGACUACUUUUCCAGUGUUAACCAUAUAUUUUUUUUUCUUCAAUUUGUUGCAAAAAUUGUAUAUCUAAGUUCAAAAAAGAUCCAUCGGAACUCGUGAACGUUAGAGUAAAAAAGCAAUAAAAAUGACACCCAAAACGCACAGUUUUUGAAAUUCCAGUUCUGUUUCAAAUAUUGACUGACCACGAUUGGACGAAGUGAAUUAUAUAGAUGAGCAACUUCUCUAUCUUCUGAAAGUCAUAACUCGAAAAAUGAGGCUUGGUUGCGUUUGGAAAUAUAAAACUGUCGAAAAAAGAAUAAAAAAGUGAAAAGCGUAUGAAGUUCUACGUUUUCGAAUAGAAUCAGUUCUUGAGAAAACAUUUCAACCAAUUUUUUCGAGAUUCACCUUUGUGGAAAAAACCCGAAUACUCCAAAUCCCAGCUUCGCAUUCCUCUUUCUAAACAAAAAACAUCCAUCAAAAAAAGAAAAACUAAGAGGUAGUUCAACUUCAAAUAGUGCUAUAAAGGUUGAAAAUUUUUUCUAACAGAAAUUUUUCCGUCAAAAAAGAUUCUGGCUAAAUAAAGCUAAUUAUGGUUAUCCACCGAACCCUACUAAACCUAAAGAAAUGAGAAUUUUUCAAAAAAUAACUGCCAAAAAGCUAAAUAAUGAUUUUUCGCUACGUUUUCCUGCAAACUUCGAUCAUUCCGGAGUGAAAGUCCUGAGUCAUCGUUUGCUUGAGUUUUGACGUAGUGUACGAUGAAAAUACUAUCUGUAUAUAUAUAUAUAAGAAGCUCGGGAGCUGUUAGUUGAGGUAAGUUUGGAAAUUUCUGAAAGGUCACAAAAGCGGUUGAUUGUGAGAAAACCUGAUUAUCUUUCUUUUUCAACUUCUUUGGGCUAUUAUUCUGCUUCGUUUCAGGACACUGUAACUCUUUUUUACCACAUCGAUCUAUUUUUACGUUCCGUUAAAAACAUUUUUCCAAUUUAGAGAGAGAAAGCCAGCUCGCGAGGAAUACAAUCGUCGUCGGCAACAAGAGACGGCAGAACUCACCAGCGAUGACGACGACGACGACUUUGAAGAAGAAGACCUCUUCGAAGACUCAGACUACUUUCCAAAGCACGCCAAGUCAAGAAGACGCGGAAGCCGGGAUUCUGAGCUGAUGCGAAGGGCGAGACGAGGAAAAACAAGGCUCCGCACAACUUUUGUACGUUUUCAUGGUCGCUUUUUAGUCGAGUGGACAGAGAAGGCCAUCGAAGUCCAGAGAUUUUAUUCUUUAAUUUUUUUUAAUUUUUAGCAUCGGUCUGCAAAAAUAACCCUUUGACCAAUGUUUUGGUCAACAUUUUCAUAACGUGUCACUUAAACAAUAAAAUUUUCACAUGUUGACUAAAUGAAAAGUUGAAAUGUCUAAAAAAAAAAUGUGACCUAUGGUUUUUUUUCACAGAUCAACAUGUCAUUUAUAAUGAGAGAUCAUCUGAAAUGCAAUGUCAAAUUUUGAUCUUUCAAUGUGUCAUUAUGAAUCCAAUGGUCAAAAUUUUGACUUUCGAAGUGGUCGAAAGAUCUUUUUUGCAGACUCUAUUGCCAACAUCCAUCGUACGCCUGCAAAAACUUGAAUAAGAACACUUUUAUUUGUUAGGAAACUUGAAAAUUGCAGGCGAAUGGAAGCCAACGAGUGCCGCCAGUGCGUUCACGCGAAUGGCACAUUGAUGAUUUCUACCUAGAAGAUCCAACCACUCUGCCGCUCCCGCAAAAGCUUACCUAUGCGGUAUCUUUUUAGGGUCUUUUUUAUUUUUAACUGCAUUACAGUUUGCGUUGAACCAUAUUCAAUUUUUCUGGUUUCAGAGGAUCCACGUUCCGAAGUGGGAUGUUUUGGCGGGAGAAGGGCAAGGGGAAGAAGGAGGAAACGAGGACGCUGAAGCCGAAAAUGAGGCGCUUUUCGAAACGAAAGAGGAUGAUUUGUUGAUAACAGUUGCGCGUAGUCACCAUGCUCUGACGUACUUGGAGAGAGAGAAAGUAAAGGUAAGAGUUUUUUUUUCUUGCCAAACCUAUUCUGAAUGUUAAAAAAUAAUCGAACAGCAAUUUUAAUAAUCAUAUCAUGUCUUCAAUGGUUUGAAAUUUGUUGAAAGUCAAUUUUACUUGUAAGUUUUGGCUUCACAUUCUUACAUGGGAUGAGCAUGACUAGCGACAGACAGCCAAGCCUCCCCCUUCCCCAUGCUCGAAAAAAAAUAAAAGAUAAUUUUUUUGUUAAUUAUUCGAAUUACAGACACGCCUAAUGUGAAAGCUCUUUUUUUCGAUAACUUUUAGCUAACCAGGGAACGUUUCUUACCCCUAGAAAAAAAUGUCUUGCAAUAGAUCUCGUUCUCGAGUUAUGGAGCUUCAAAGUCCACAAAUUACGCAAAUUACGACAAAAAAGCGUUACUUUGAGCUUAUCAAGUGUCCUAACUCGAAAAUGAGAUUUAUUGCGAGAAAUUAUCUUUUUGUUCUGGAAUUAGGAGGUCCUAAAGUACACUUCAGUAAAGUUUCAUCAAAAGUUCAACCGGGGAUAAUAAACGUUCCCUAGUUAGAAAUAAAUCGUUUGGGCCAAUCAAUUGAACCUUGAAAAAUGAGCAGUUGUUAAUUUUUGUAUCUUAUUUUUGUUGUUAUUUUCGGAUUAAGCAGCCUCGAAUUAUUCUAGUUUGACUCUUUAAUGUCAACUAAUGAGCGAAUAGGCUCCAGAGAGUGACUUGGUAGUCACUCUCAGGAGCCUAUUCACCCGCUAGUUGACAUUGAAGAGUCAAACUAGAUUAAUUCGAGUUUUGCAUUUAAAUCAACUAAUAUAAUUUCUUCAUUUUGCAGAGAGAUUUGAUGAAAAAGACUAGAGCAAACGCAAUUUCGUCUGGAACACCAACAGCAACGGCGGCAGCGACAACUAUUAUUCCAAGUUCGACCGCGCCAGCUUUUGGGCAAAGCAACAAUGGAAACUACGGCGACGAGGUGCAAAUGAGCGAAGAAGAAGUUCUGAAAGACUUGCCUCCGUUCGACUUGAGCCAAGUAAUCUCGCCGAAGCUGGUUAGUUUCUUUUUCCUCUUUUAUGUCGUGAAUACGCUCAAAAACAGAAUAAUAAUGCCAGUCCUCUGUAAGAACUGUACAAAACUUUUUUCAAAACCAGCUUAGAAUUUUUUUUUUUUGAAGGCCUCCCGAGUUUUUCUAGAUUGAGAUCUUUACUAGUCUGGUUGAAGAUUUUUUUUUAUUUCUUGUCAGCCCUAUCUUCCUGCGAUUGAAAUUAAUUUUUUUACCUCAUUUCUCAAAGUAUCGGUCAUCUAACCACUCCUUCUGGGCUAAGUGAAACAAAAAUUAAGUUUAGUGUAUCCGAAAAAACAUUGCGAGCGGGUUAGUCCAGUGGAGAAAGACGAGACGAGACGAGAUAAAGUUAAAAAAAGAUGAAAAAAAAAAAUUGAAGUUGAUGCCAUGUUCGAAGUAGAUUCCGCCAAAUGCAAAUAUAUCUCUGACUCUCCAAAUUUUAAAAGUAGUUUCCGACUAUUCCCUUUUCGAUAAUCUCUUCGUUUUUAAUCUUCCUAUAUAAUGUAGGUAGUUGAUUCGUGAAUAAAAAACAGAGAGAUAGGAACAUUUUUUAGUAAAUUUUAUAUGAACCGAAAAAAAUUAAGGAAGAAAAAAGUCGAAAAGGCACGGAAAUUUCUUCGUGGGGAAGUUCGCUCGCUAUAUGAAAAAAUCGGAAAAGUUGUCGUUCGAAAGUUCGUUGGGUUCUUUUUUCAUAUCACCUCCCUGACGGCUAUUUUGGAUUUCGCGAAAUCAGUUUGAACAUGGCAUUCAUUUUUUUGUUUUAGUCAGAUUUAAUCGACUAGGUGGUGAACAAGGAAUUUUGAAACUAUAGGGUGGCCCAACAGUAUUGUCGCAUAACACUAAGAAUAACUGACGAGAUAAAUGCGAGCUCGGUGGCGGUACAUUGACUAACUCGCAAAAAUGUCGCUUUUUUCUAGGCGCGAUCCAGCAUUUCCCUCGGCGCGACCUCGCAUUUUUCACGGCGCCAUCUCGCAUUUAUCUUGCAUUUCGGAAAUUUUCAAAUUGCGAGAGAAAUGCGAGCUCGCGCCUAGAAAAUUGCGAGCUCGCGCCCAGAAAAAUGCGAGACCGGCGCGAGAAAAAAAGCGAGAUGUUUGCGAGCUCGUCAAUGUACCGCCAGUGUCUCGCGUUUAUCUCGGCAGUUAUUCUUAGUGAAUACAAACAGGUCAUUUUAAUAAGUAAAAAUGUCUUUGGUCAAAAGUUACUUUUUUUUGUAGCAUCGUGGUCCCUUCUUCUAUGUUUCCCGAAAAUUUCACCAGAAUCGGCUGAGGAACACACAAAUAGCAGCAAGUUUUGUCUGGCUGACUUAGACGCAAUAGUUGAAAAAAUUUGACCGCUUAGAGGAGAUUAACUCUAAAUAUCAUAACUAUAUUGAACAGGUAUAGAAUCGAUUAUGUAAAAUAAUGUCGUCUGUACAACUCAUUAACUUUACAUAGCCACAAAAAGCUAACCGUUUUGAAUGAAACUGAUGUCAGUAUGAUCAAUAAUGUUGAGAUGACUCAAAAACUGAAUAAAAUCGGAAAAAUGCAUUGCGAAUGACGAGCAACGGAUCAGUUCGGAUGCAAUAAAUUCUAUCUUAGAGUUCAAUACAUGAGCUACCAUAUAAAAAGUUUUGUAUCCUUUAGCUUGCUCUAUUGAAAAGUUAUGAGCGAUAAACUGAAAAAUUGACGUUGCUUGCACGCAGCUCAAAAGACUUUUUCGAAAAAAUAAAUUUUCUUUUCUCUCUUAGCACCAAAUUUUAUAAUUUAUUUUUCUUUAUGUGCCUAAUUGAAAAAAAAGUGUAGAUUGCAAAAGAUGAGUUAUCAAAAUGUUUGGGAAGCUUACGAUGAAUUUUCUAAGUUCGAUCAUGUAUUUGUUGGUGUGCCGACGAUUUCUUGAUGCUAAUCGAGCCAGAAGUGUAACACAGUAAAAUCAAAGUGAUAAAUGUUUUUAGAAACCUCUCAUCAUUUCUCAUGCCAACUCUCCAUCGAGUGGGUUUAUCCAAACGAAAUCUAGAAGCAUAAACGUAAAAAAGCGUCAGGAAGGUCAUUUUUCGCCGGAGCCUGAUUUUUUGGAAGAAAGUGAAAAUCUCAAAAGCUGUAAGCUCGUAGCCCCUCCAUCUUUAGGUAUUAUGAAACUUAUGAUGUGGACCUCUGUUGACCAAAUCACCCGCUCCAGAAAAAUUCGUUGAGACCUUUAAAAAAAAAUCAAAGUUCUAAUAUGACCCCUGCGUGCGGCGGCAGGCUUGUUCGAAAUGGUUUAGGAUCGUUUUUCACGCAUAUGAAUUGAAAUAAAAAUGUUUUUUCUCUGGUUUUAUCUAUCUAUAGGGCAUGUUAGUCUGACUCAAAAAGUUUCAGCAAAAUCCAUAGUGUCUGCACAAAUUUACGUUUGUUUUUAUAUGCGACAAUACUUUUGCGCCACCCAACAACCGCCUUUGGCGAACUAGAAGUCCAAACGUGUUGUCGAAAGAGUUGAAAGCAUGGUCUUACGGUUCUUCGCCUCGUCCUUCUGCGCGUAGUCCAUCCAGUUGCGCCUUGACGAGCUCAGAAUAUAGCGGAUGGGAUAGCUGGAGCCUGGAGACCGUGCUCUAAGUCGAAGCCUCGAAAAGAGAGCGACCACUUCGAGUGAAGGUUUCACACGGAAUUUUUUGUUUUGGAAAGCUUUUCUCAUUUCUUUCUAUUUUUCUUCGCAGAUAAAUUUAUGUCGUUGUUUGAAAAUGUUCUUUCGUAGGAAAAGGCCUUUUUCCUGUUAUUAGAAUGUAUCUCGAGACAAAGAGUUGACUGAUACCCGAUUCGAAUAUUUUCACAACCUUUCGUCAAGGCUAACUCCAGAACUACUCACAAGAAUGCAAAACCCCUUUCAUUUGCUUUUUCUAAAAAAAAAAAGAAAAACUCAUCUUUUAGGUCCACCGACUUCAUGGAUCGACAGAGAAGCCAUUCACGCGCCGCGAGUUUCCCAUCGUCCCCGAAAGAUGA